AUGGUUCCAUUCCGAGGAAGUCACUGGCAGACUUCACUGCUGGCAUUCAGGGCAUCUCUCCCCGUGAGAGCACAACCAAAGAAGAAGAAGAAAGUGGAUGUAAAGAGAGAGCAAGCACAGAAAGAGCGUAUGAAAAAGAAGAUUAAAAAGUUGGAAAAAGCUGCCCCAGAAAUGAUUCCAAUUGAGGAUUUUGAAACACCACUUAAGUACUUGGAUAGCAACAGGGUGCGAAGCCUUUCCCCUCUGUCAUUUGAGGAGACUGAAAGAAGAGUUUUACUUAUGAAAAAGUGGUGUUUGUUUAAGCAGAAACAAGACAAGGCAGAAAAGAAAGCAAUUCAGACCCUUGUAGAAGCUCAGCAAGAGGCACUGAAGGAACUGCGCCUUGAAUCGGAGGAGCUGUAUCAGGCAGCAAUCAGACGAGAUGAGGGGCUUUUCCCCUUCGAGAGAGAUGGACCUAAUUAUACCCCAGCACUUCCUGGUUACGAUCCUCCUGAAGGAAAAUGCGUUGAUAUCACCAAAGUAUAUACCCAGUAACGGAGGAGUUUGUUGUUCAUCUGGCGUGAGCUACUCAGCUGACUGAAGGAGGAAAGAAUGGAACAAGAAUAAACAUUUCCUUCUGCAGGCUAAAACACUGUAGGUGUGUGACUGUAAAUAAAA